UUCUUUACUAUUUUGUUUCUAUUUUCCAUCCUACAUCUUGUAUUUUCCCUUAUGAUUAUUGAUAUGAAAUAGAUAAAAUGAAGGUGCUUAGUUCAAUGAUAUUAGGGGUUUCCUAUCAUUGUCUUCAAUUAGCACUAGAUUUUUCCAUUAUUUUACCUUAGUGAUGUUUGGUUGUAGCACUUUCCAGCAGGAGAUAUCUCAUAAACUGAACCACUUUUGAGUUUCUCUUUUGUGUCAUUUAUUCGUAUACUUCAACAUUAUUUGUACUUGUGAUGUUGCUCUGGCUCCAUCACUUAAUGCAUGUUUGGAAACUCGAUCGAAAAUCACAUGUAAAGCAAAACCAUGUUGGACAGAAGCAAAAACUAACGGAAGUUGCUUCUGUCCACCAUGAGUGAAUGAGUUUCCAAACAUUCACUAAAUAUUUCUAGAAUUAAUUUUGACACCAAAAAGCUACGACUGUGCUUUUUCCCAUAAAUGAGUUUGAGUGUAGAUGAAUUUCUAAACAUGUACUUAAUUGUUUCUUAUUGUAAUGGUUUCUUUUGUGAGUGAGAAUGAGAUGGUCAUGUUUACUACAAAUGGCAGUGGAGCAACAAGAAAGCCUGAGGGAAAGUACAAAGCAAUGGUAGUUUGUUUCAUUCUUGGACUAGGAUCCCUUGUUUCAUGGAACAGCAUGCUGACUAUAGCAGAUUACUAUUACAAAUUGUUCCCCAAAUAUCAUCCUUCAAGGGUACUAACCCUGGUUUAUCAACCAUUUGCACUUGUAACAAUGUUAAUACUGGCAUAUUAUGAGUCAAGGAUCAAUACUAGAAUGCGGAAUUUGGCUGGAUUCACACUUUUCUUUGCUAGCACUUUCUUGGUUCUUGUUUUGGACCUAGCAACAUCAGGGAAAGGUGGAAUUGAACCUUAUAUUGGUAUAUGUGUGCUAGCUGCUUGUUUUGGAAUAGCAGAUGCUCAUGUGGAAGGUGGCAUGAUAGGAGACCUGUAUUUUAUGUGCCCUGAGUUUAUCCAGUCCUACCUUGCUGGUUUGGCAGCAUCAGGGGCUCUAACUUCUCUUCUGAGAAUUCUGACCAAGUUAGCUUUUGAGAAAUCUCAUAAUGGACUUCGCAAGGGAGCUAUACUAUUCUUUGCAAUCUCCACACUCAUCGAGUUUCUUUGUAUAAUCCUAUAUGCAAUAUACUUCACCAAAUUGCCUAUAGUGAAAUAUUACCGUUCAAAAGCAGCCUCAGAGGGAUCAAAAACAGUUUCAGCUGACCUAGCUGCUGCUGGCAUUCAAACACAGACUAAUGAAGGUGGAUAUGAUAACAAACAAGAAGAACGGUUGAGCAACAAACAGUUGUUUCUUGAGAACCUUGAUUAUGCAGCUGGAAUAUUUCUUAUAUAUGUAGCAACUCUGUCAAUCUUCCCUGGGUUCUUGUAUGAAAACACUGGGUCACAUCAGCUAGGCACAUGGUACCCAAUUGUUUUGAUUGCUAUGUAUAAUGUUGUGGAUUUCAUAGCAAGAUACAUUCCCCUUGUGCAAAGUCUGAAGUUGGAAUCCAGAAAGGGUCUACUAAUAGCAAUCCUGUCUCGAUUCUUGCUGAUUCCAGCAUUCUACUUUACAGCAAAAUAUGGUGACCAAGGAUGGAUGAUCCUCCUCACCUCCUUCUUGGGACUUACCAAUGGCUAUCUAACUGUAUGUGUUCUUACCGUGGCACCAAGAGGUUACAAGUCUCCUGAGCAGAAUGCUUUGGGCAAUUUGCUUGUGGCGUGUCUUUUAAGUGGCAUAUUUGUUGGGGUUUGUCUUGACUGGUUAUGGCUCAUAGGUAAAGGAUCAUUCUAAAAAUACAUUUGAAGUCACAUUGUUACUGAUAAAUCUUUGGCGUAUUCGCAUGCCCUGUAAUUUGAAUAUUCCUAAAUCAAUACACACCAUACUCUGAUACAUAUUCAUUUUACUAACUAUAUUUCAUGAGAAUGGUGCACAUUAACCUUAUGAAAGAUAUAUAUGAGAGGGUCUUCCUUCA